CGACAAUUGUCUACUUGGAUUAGUUUAGAUCUUUUAACACUCUGCGUGAUUGUUGAAAGAAAUAAACAGUGAUAGACGGUUAAAAUGACGUUGAAUCUAUUAGGAUGUUCCCUAAUUAGUCGUGAAUUAAGAGAGUUGAAAAAAUUGUCGGGACUUUUAACAUUGAGACUGUCUCUAAGCACAUCGGCGAUUUCCAAAGGCUGUAAGGAUGGAAGUAAGGAGUAUCGUAUUGAGAAAGAUACAUUUGGUGAGCUGAAGGUCCCCAAAGACAAAUACUAUGGGGCACAAACUAUGAGAUCAGUACUGAAUUUUCCAAUUGGUGAUACCUUUGAACGUAUGCCUUACGGUGUUAUUGUGGCAAUGGGUAUAUUGAAAAAAGCUGCAGCAGAAGUCAAUAAAGACUUUGGAAUGGACACAAAAGUAGCAGAAGCUAUCAGCAAAGCUGCAGAUGAUGUUAUUUGUGGCAAACUAUAUAAUGAUCAUUUUCCAUUGGUAAUUUGGCAAACAGGUUCUGGUACACAAACCAAUAUGAAUACUAAUGAGGUAAUUUCAAAUCGUGCAAUUGAAAUGCUUGGUGGUGAACUUGGUUCAAAGACACCAGUGCACCCAAAUGAUCAUGUAAAUAAGUCUCAAAGUAGUAAUGACACUUUCCCAACUGCUAUGCACAUAUCAGUUGCCUUAGAAAUUGAUAGGGUACUAUUGCCUGGAAUGAUGUGUUUACGUGAGGCUUUAAACGAAAAAUCUACAGAAUGGAAAGAUAUCAUAAAGAUUGGUAGAACACAUACCCAGGACGCUGUACCUUUGACAUUAGGUCAAGAAUUUUCAGGCUAUGUGACACAAAUGACAAAUAGUAUUACAAGGGUAAAGAAUACUCUCCCACAUUUAUAUCAGUUAGCACUUGGUGGUACUGCAGUAGGUACCGGAUUGAAUACUCCAAAGGGUUUUGCAGAAAAAGCAGCAGCAAAGAUUGCAGAACUCACUGGUUUACCAUUUGUAACUGCUCCCAAUAAAUUUGAAGCUUUGGCAGCACAUGAUGCCAUGGUAGAAGUGUCUGGUGCACUCAAUACAGUUGCAGUUUCACUUAUGAAGAUAGCCAAUGAUAUUCGGUUCUUGGGAAGUGGACCACGUUGCGGUUUGGGAGAACUGUCUCUUCCUGAAAAUGAACCUGGAAGUUCAAUUAUGCCCGGUAAAGUGAAUCCGACACAGUGUGAAGCACUGACAAUGGUUUGUUGUCAAGUAAUGGGAAAUCAUGUUGCAACAACUAUUGGUGGAAGUAAUGGCCACUUUGAACUUAAUGUAUUUAAACCUGUCAUGGUUGCAAACACAUUGAGGUCUACAAGACUCCUAGGUGAUGCUUGUGCUACCUUUGCGAAGAACUGUGUAAUGGGCAUUAAACCAAACAAGGAGAAUAUUGAUAAACUACUAAACGAAAGUUUAAUGCUUGUUACAGCAUUAAAUCCACACAUUGGCUAUGAUAAGGCUGCUGCAAUUGCAAAACAGGCACACAAAGAAAAUCUUACAUUGAAAGAGUCAGCACUGAAGAAUGGUAUCACUGAACAACAAUUUGCUGAGUGGGUCAAACCCCAAAAUAUGAUCGGUCCCAAAUAAAUUGAUUAUUCGAGCGAUAGGAGAUGUUUUAACACAAUGUUUUGUUAAAGUUUAAUACUUAAUAUUAAUGUUGCCAAUUGCCAUUAAAACUACUAUUGUACAUUUGAAAUGUAUUUCGUAUUUGUAUUUAUGUCUUUAGUCUUUCCUAUUUAAUAACUUAUGUAAAUUUUACA